AUGGAUUCCUAUCCAUAUAAAAACAACAAUGCAAAAUUUGUUGACCUUCUAAAUAGCCAGCAAGAGGUAGUCUUCGGUUUUGGACAAGAUACUGGCGAAGUAUCUUCAUCACAAGUGCCUCUAUUUGGCACUCAACGAAGUGAAGAUUCGCAUGUGCCUGAAGACUCUCCCGCAGAACGUAAAGAACGCAGAGCAUGGACACCACCUGAUGACAUUCUGCUCAUCAGCUCGUGGUUAAACACGAGCAAAGACCCCGUUGUGGGGAAUGAGCAGAAGUCUGGUGCCUUCUGGAAGCGAAUCGCCGCAUACUUUGCUGCAAGUCAGAAGGUCGCCGGUAGUGAAGUGAGGGAGCAUGCCCACUGCAAGAACCGUUGGCACAAGAUCAAUGAUCAGGUGGGAAAAUUUUGUGGCGCGUAUGAAGCGGCAACCAGAGAGAAGAGCAGCGGUCAGAAUGAAAAUGAUGUGUUGAAGCUUGCUCAUGAAAUCUUCUUCAACAACCACCAGAAGAAAUUCACGCUCGAGCACGCGUGGAAAGAGCUCCGCAAUGACCAGAAAUGGUGCAAGCUUUCAACUUCUAAAAGCGAGAGAAGCUCUGAGGAGGAAGUGUGA